GAGAGUGAUUUAAGGGUUAGAUUGGCAAAUGCGAGUUGGGUUUAAGCAUUUUUUAGCUAUAUGUUUGUAUAUGCAUAUGUUUAUGUUUUUGCAAUAUUGUUAUAGAGAGUGUUUAUUUUGUAUAUCCUGUUUUUUCUGAUUUAUGGGUUUAUUUUGUUUCUUGUUGAGCUUUUUGUAUUCUGCAUUUUACUUCUGGUCCAUUGGAUUGGCUGUUGUUUGGUGUUGAACAUGUGUUUUUCGUUAUGCUUGUUUUAGGGAAGAAAUUUCUCAUGGAAUUUAAUGUGGAAAAUGGGAAAUAUCAGAAAAGGAUUUGUUCUAAGAUGGAAUUGGACAAAGAAAAGAGAGAGCUACGAAAAACAGACUUUAGAAGAUAACUUGAUUUUUUGAACUUAAUGCUCUGUUUGGGAGGACAAAAGAAGUGAAUGACCCCCCGCCAAUAAAUCCUCAGCAACCUGUUCUUGCUGUUGCACCUCUUAAUAGUAAGCCAUAUAUUGGUCCACCAAUGCCGCAUAGCUAUGAUGCUUCUUCACCUGCUAAGGAUAAGGAAGCCGUGGAAAGAAUUGAUCCUGCAAUGAUAUUUUUUUCUUCUUUUACAACGAAGAAAGACUGGGAAAAUGUCAUGGCAACCACCAAAGCUGGGGUUGCACUAACUGGAAGUGCUGCUGUGGGCAAGAUAGGACCAAUAAUAGGACUGAUGGACAUCGGUGAAUGCAAGGAUUCAUAUUUGUUCCGUGUCUCCCUUCCAGGGGUAUCAGUGGAUGAGAAGGAAUUUAGUUGUGAUGUUGAACCUGAUGGUAAAGUUCUAAUAAAGGGAAUAACUACUACCGGGGAGAAGAUAGUAUGCAAGAACUCUCAGGUCUUUCAAAUGCUGACAAGGAACUUGUGCCCGCCAGGGCACUUCUCUAUAACGUUCCAGCUUCCUGGUCCAGUUGAUCACCAACAAAUUUUGGGUUCUUUUGCGACUAAUGGGGUUUUGGAAGGUAUCGUGAAGAAAAGGUAACUAAAAAGCGAGAACUAUGCCUUGUUGCUGCAAACAUUAAGUUUAGCCAACAAAGCAUGGCUACAUUGGAGUGGGGAGGAGAUCACAUGGCUAGGACAAUAUUACAAAAAAUGUAGGUUGAAAAGCAACAAAAAGACUCCAUUGCAUCUGUUUUUCUAGAAGGAUGCAGCAUGAAAACUGAGCUGAAAGCUGAAGUCUCAAAUGCUUGUGAUGCUGGGCUCUGUUAAGUUUUGUUGUAUGUAGCUAAUAUAGAGGAAUUUUGUUGGAAGAUGCUAAGUAGCCUAGAAUCAUUAUAUUUUGCUUGUAGCUGGUGACUCGCAGAAUAAGUUUUGUAUAUGUAUUUCAAGCAAUAAGUUUUGUAUAUGUAUUUCAA